AUGGCGCUGCGGCGCCUCCUGCUGCUGCUGCUGCCGCUGCUCUCGCUCCAGCCCUUGGACCUGCUGCCCGGAGCCUGGGGCGCCCGCGGCCGUGCCGCCAACCGGACCCUGAGCGCCGGCGCCGCGGCCGUCGGGGGCCGGCGGCCCGGGGGCGCCCUGGCCCGGGGCGGCCGCGAGCUGAACGGCACCGUCCGGGCGCCCGGCGGCCCGGAGGCGGGGAGCCGGCGGGGACAGCCAGCAGCGGCGGUGGCGGCGGCCAGCGCGGCCGUCACCUACGAGACGUGCUGGGGCUACUACGACGUGAGCGGCCAGUACGACAAGGAGUUCGAGUGCAACAACAGCGAGAGCGGCUACCUGUAUUGCUGCGGCACCUGCUACUACCGCUUCUGCUGCAAGAAGCGCCACGAGAAGCUGGAUCAGCGCCAGUGCACCAACUACCAGAGCCCGGUGUGGGUGCAGACGCCCAGCACCAAGGUGGUGUCGCCGGGGCCCGAGAACAAGUACGACCCGGAGAAGGACAAGACCAACUUCACCGUCUACAUCACCUGCGGGGUGAUCGCCUUCGUCAUCGUGGCCGGCGUCUUCGCCAAGGUCUCCUACGACAAGGCCCACCGCCCGCCGCGGGAGAUGAACAUCCACAGGGCUCUGGCUGACAUCCUAAGACAACAGGGACCAAUCCCCAUAGCACACUGUGAAAGAGAAACUAUCUCGGCCAUCGAUAGCUCUCCCAAAGAGAACACGCCGGUCCGAUCAUCCUCCAAAAACCACUACACCCCCGUGCGCACGGCCAAGCAGACUCCAGGACAUUAUGGGAAGGAUGCUUACCGAAGUGGAGGACCUGAUCUCCAUAACUUCAUCUCAUCUGGAUUUGUCACAUUAGGAAGAGGACACACGAAGGGUGAUCAUCAGUAUAACCAUCCGAUUUUAAGCAGCGCUACCCAGACCCCUACACAUGAGAAGCCUCGGAUGAACAACAUCCUGACAUCGGCCACUGAGCCCUAUGACCUCUCCUUCUCACGCUCCUUCCAGAACCUGGCCCACCUGCCCCCAUCCUAUGAGUCUGCAGUGAAGACCCACCCCAGCAAGUACUCAUCCCUGAAGAGGCUAACCGACAAGGAAGCUGACGAGUACUACAUGAGACGGCGGCACCUGCCUGACCUGGCCGCCCGCGGCACCCUCCCCCUCAACGUCAUCCAGAUGUCCCAACAGAAACCGCUGCCUCGCGAGCGACCCCGCCGGCCCCUCCGGGCCAUGUCGCAGGACCGGGUCCUUUCCCUGGAGCGAGGCCUGCCGGACGACUUCGGCCUGCCCUACGACCGCCUCCUCUCGGACGAGCAGCUGCUCUCCACCGAGCGCCUGCACUCCCAGGACCCGCUGCUGUCCCCGGAGCGGACGGCCUUCCCCGAGCAGUCCCUGGCGCGGGCCAUCUCGCACACGGAUGUCUUCGUGUCCACGCCUGUGCUGGACCGCUACCGCAUGACAAAGAUGCACUCGCAUCCCAGUGCCUCGGAUAACUCGUACGCCACCCUGGGCCAGAGCCGCACGGCGGCCAAGCGCCAGGCCUUCGCCUCGCGCAGACACAACACCGUGGAGCAGCUGCACUACAUCCCGGGCCACCACACCUGCUACACAGCCAGCAAGACAGAAGUGACCGUGUGA